CUGGACAUUGUUGCAGUGUAAUCAUCGCCAAAUUCCACCUGCCCUUCUCUCCGCGCGAGACAGAACACCGGGGAUUCUGGGCGGUGUGGUAGGGUCUCUCUCUCUCUCUUCCCCUGCCCCUGCAUGACGCAGUGAGGUCAGAGUUGACGGCUGGUUACUAUGGCGGCGCUGACAGUUUUUUCUAGGCCGUGUUUCCUGUGCCCCGGAUCCGCAGCUCUGUUGACUCCCUGUUCGGCGAUCCGCUACUUUGGAGCUGGGCUACGGUCCGCCUCAUUUUGGAGCCGCACUGUGAAGGUUGGAGUACCGUCCGGAGCGAAAGGCUUUAGUGAAAGCGCCUCGGGGUCGGCAGCUGGGCCCGGGGCGGAGUUGCGGGUGCGUUAUUUGGAGGCGGAGUCUGCAGGAAUUGUUGUAUUAGGAAUAAAUAGACCACUGUCCAAAAAUGCAAUCAGCAAAAACCUUGUGGAAAUGAUGACGGAAGCUAUAGAAGAAAUGAAAUGUGAUAAAAAUGUUCGAACAGUUAUACUGCGCAGUGAGGUACCAGGAAUAUUUUGUGCAGGUGCUGAUUUGAAAGAAAGAGCAAAAAUGCAACCUAGUGAAGUUGGCCCAUUUGUUUCCAAAGCAAGAAGUUUAAUUAAUGAGCUCGGUAACCUUCCAAUGCCCACAAUUGCUGUACUUGAUGGUGCUGCCUUAGGAGGGGGCCUGGAAAUGGCUUUAGCCUGUGACAUUCGUGUGGCUGCUGCCUCUGCAAAAAUGGGACUUGUUGAAACAAAGUUGGCAAUCAUUCCAGGUGCAGGUGGCACGCAGCGUCUCCCUCGUAUUAUAGGAGUAUCACUAGCAAAGGAACUUAUCUUUUCUGGACGAGUGCUUGAUGGCACUGAAGCAAAAGCAAUUGGUCUGGCUAGUCAUGUUGUGGAACAGAAUGAAGCAGGAGAUGCAGCGUAUCACAGGGGAUUAUCACUCGCCAAAGAAUUCAUACCUCAGGGGCCUAUUGCAGUGAGAUUAGCAAAACUAGCCAUCAACCGAGGGAUAGAGGUGGAUUUGAAAACUGGUUUAGCAAUAGAAGAGGCCUGUUAUGCUCAGGUGAUUCCAACAAAAGACAGAAUUGAAGGACUUAACGCUUUUAAAGAAAAACGAUUACCCCGAUACACAGGGGAAUGAUAACAAGACAUAGAGAAAAAGGAGUCUUUGGAAUGGAAAAAAAUAAAUUCUGAUUAUAUUUUCAAUCUGUUCUGUGUUCAGAGAUGACUUCAAGAAAUACUGAUUAAGAGCCAUAAUGGGUAUGAUUUUGAAUAUUGUAUUUUUAUGGAAAAUGUGCAGCAUGCUGUGUUUUUCUGUACAUUGAACAUUUCCUACUGUAUAAUUCUUUUGCAUUCAUAUUUUUAUUUUUAAAACAUACCAGUGAAUGGGUAAGGUAAAUUUUGUAGCCGACAUCUGUAUCCCUUGCAGUACAUAUUCUCCACAAUUAUCCAAGAAACAGCAUUCAGUAUUUUCACAAGGGUACAUAUACUACUUUUUUGUAUUAAUCCCUUCUUUCUUGACACAAAUCACCUAACAUUUCUCCGCUUUGAGCUUCAUCUGCCACCAAUCUGCCCACUCCAACGACUUAUCUAUGUCGUUUGAAGUUCUAUACUGUCCUCCUCAUAGUUUACAAUGCUUCCAAGUUUUGUCUUAUCCUCAAACUUUGAAAUUGCCCUCUGCACACCAGAUCUAGAUCAUUGAUAUAUAUCAGGAAAAGCAAGGG